UCUGCGGCGCGCGGCUGCACCGCGAAGCGCAGCCGAGGUAUGAGCACUGGGCGGCAUGGCGGAGCGAGACCAGAGGAAAGCCACCCCUCCGCCCGGCCGGAGCGUCCAGGUCAACUCCCCGGCCAGCUUCAGGCUGACCCACGACAUCAGCCUGGACGAGUUUGAAGAUGACGACCUGUCGGAGAUCACGGAGAUCACAGACGAGUGCGGGAUGAGCCUCAACUGCAACGGCCCCGAUAUAAAGGGCCGUGUGAGGCGGGGGACCAACAGCAUGUCGGGGAGGGCGGAGCUGGGAGCCGUCGGUCAGCUCCAGGCGGAGAUGCUGCAUUUGGACCUCAUCGACGGUGCCGACUGUUACCGUGGUGACAAGGAGUCGUCCAAAGCGUCCGCCGUCGCUCCGCCGCAAGUCACCAAGGACCCCGUGGCACCUGUUACGAUGGACACUUACCGGCCCAAGAGACCCACGACCCUUAACCUCUUCCCCAUUGUGCCACGCACACAGGACACGCUAAACAACAACUCGCUGGGGAAGAAGUACAGCUGGCAGGAGAAGGUUUCGGGUUCGUCGUCGCCCCUCAAAACAGGUGACCUGACGCCGCCGCGGGAGCACAGCUGCCUGAGCGACGAGGACAAGGUGCACGGCGGCGGGGCGCAGACCAAAGACCGCGGCACGUCCACCGACGCCCCCUGCAGGCACGGCCACACGUCGGGACACUCGCACGGCCCGUCCACGGCGGCCGCCACCCGGUCCAAGCUCCAGGAGAAGCCGCCCGCCCCGCCGCCGCCGCAGAACUACACGCCGGCUCCCCUGUACCCGGCGGGGAAGGCGGAUGGCGGCGGGCACCACCGGGAGAGGAUCCGGUACCACACGGACGUCCAUCUAGAGCCCACGGAGGAGAUCUACCUGACGCCCGUUCAGCGCUCGGCCGACGCCCUCGAACCCGCCAACACGCACGAGCGGCCCUUCCUGUCCCAGCAGACUGAGCAGGGCCGCAUGUCCAUCAGCUCCGACACCGAGGGCCCGCCCCCCUACCAGCCCCUCCCGGACCGGACCAACCCGUCCAUCUACGAGGAGGACGAGGUCUACGUGCCGCCGCCUUCCUACGCUUCCUGCGUGGAGUCGCUCAUCACGCCGCCCAGCGUGGCCGUCUCCGCCCGCUCGUCCCUGGCUCUGGACCUCAGCCUGAAGGGGGCGGGGACGGGGGCCGGGGUCAUGCUGAGGGCCGGCUCGUCGGUGGAGUACGUCGACGCCACGGACGACAGCUACUGCGGCGAGGACGAGGACGUGGACAGGAUAAUAAUGGACGGGAGGAUGAGGAAGGUGGGAGGAAAGGGAGACGGCGGCGGCGGUGGCGGCAGAUCCGUCCCGCUGAGGACUUCCAUGAGCUCGGAGGCCAGCGGCCUUUCCUACGACUCGGUCAAAUACACGCUGGUGGUGGACGAGCACGCCCAGCUGGAGCUGGUCAGCCUCCGGCAGUGCUACCAGGGCUUCAGCGACGACAGCGACUCCGCCACCGUCUACGACAACUGCGUGUCCUCGCCGUACGAGUCGGCCAUCGGCGAGGAGUACGAGGAGGACGACGACGACGAGGAGCAGGACGCCCGGAUAGGAGGGGUGCGGAGAGAGGCCACGGCCUGCCUCUCCGAAGACUCCACCCCUGAGGCUGACCUCCACUUCUCCAAGAAGUUCCUCAACGUCUUCAUGAACGGACGCUCCAGCUCCUCCAGUGCAGAGUCCUUCGGUUUAUAUUCCUGUGUGAUAAAUGGUGAAGAGAAGGAUCAGACCCACAGAGCAGUCUACAGGUUCGUCCCUCGACACGACGACGAGCUGGAGCUGGAGGUGGACGACCCGCUGCUGGUGGAGGUCCAGGCGGAUGACUACUGGUACGAGGGCUACAACAUGCGGACGGGCGCCCGAGGGAUCUUCCCGGCGUACUACGCUAUCGAGGUGACCAAAGACACCGAGAGCUACAAAGAGAAGAGUGGUGAAUGGAUGGACAGGUAUCGGAUGAAGUUCCUGGGCUCGGUUCAGGUCCCCUACCACAAAGGGAACGACGUGCUGUGUGCAGCUAUGCAGAAGAUUGCCACCAACAGAAGAAUGACGGUCAAGUAUAACCCUCCCUCCUCCUGCAUCCUGGAGAUCAGUGUGAAAGGCAUCAAGCUGGCAGUUCAGGAGGAUUAUUACGCCUGCGACAGAAGUAACGAGUGCAGCCACUUCUUCCAACUAAAGAACGUCUCUUUUUGUGGAUAUCAUCCCAAAAAUAGCAAGUAUUUCGGUUUUAUCACCAAACACCCGGCGGACCAGAGGUUUGCCUGCCACGUAUUUGUGUCUGAAAACUCCACCAAGCCUCUCGCGGAGUCAGUAGGGAAAGCCUUCCAGUUGUACUACAAAGAGUUUGUGGAGUUCUCCUGCCCGACAGAAGACAUAUACCUGGAAUAACCCUGCCUUUAACCACAGCCCUGUACAGUCCACUGUAUAAUAAUAUAAUGUUGCAUGAAGGUCUCACAAACCUAAAUUUAAAAGGAAAAAAAAAAAAAAAAUUAAAAGCUAACAAGUUGUAAAAGGAAGGAUCUGGAACGGGAAGUGUGGUGAGAGCUUUGUGCAGCAGGAGGAGACGAUGGAAAUGAGCCAAAAGAGGAGAGUCUCUACAAGACGAAAAUAUGCAAAAAGGGCAUCAGUGAGGGGUGGAGAGCGCGGGCUGUCAGUAAAUAGCACAAAUAUAGCAUCUGUCUGUUAGCCUGUAGCUUCAUCUCAGCCCGGGAGGCGACCGAACUGCACUACCUUGUUCUUGCACUGGAGAGAAGAAACACAGCAGCCGUGAUUCACCGGAUGGGCUCGCUUCGCCGUCACACCGGUGGGCUGCGAGCAUGAAGGAGGUGUAAAUUACAUAUAACAGCCUCACACUGGAAAUGUACACUAAGUGACAUAAAAAUAGAAAAAAAAAAUAAUCCAUGUUAGGAGCGGUGAGUAUUAUCUUUGUAGCAACACUUGAGAGAAAGGUGAUAUCCACAUUGUUCAGCAGCAACCGAACAAAAUCCACCCUGAAAAAACCACUCUUAUGAAGCUGAAGUGAUGCUCUCUGCAUGUUUGGAGUUCUUUAGGAUGCUUUACUGAGGUUUAAAGCAUCGUGUUAUUCAUGGUAAGCCACAGAUUGGGGAAAAUCUUCACAGGUUAUUGAUUUGAGCGAAUGAUCACUGAGUCAUGUAGUUGUUGAAAGAAAGGCACGUUUUGGGAUUUAUGCACCCAAAAAAGCAGGCUCACUGUUGCGUAGUCUCAAUGGAAAUGCCUAAAUGAGUUAUGUUUUUUGAACUUCAUUUUUCUGGUUUUAGGUGUCUGUACCUUGUUCAACUUAAUUUGAGAGAACUGAAUUCGAGAGAAGUGCCCUCGCUGUAACUCUUCUUGUCAUGUUUCUCAGUUAUGCUGGGAUAAACUGUGGCAAUGCCACAGUCCCAUUCCUUUAAUUCAUCCAGCUCUCGUGGGGUUAAUCCCAAACCUCUGCCAAAGCAACCAAAGGAUUUAAUCUCCCCACUUCUGGACUAACCUCAGGUAUUUAAGUUUGCCUACUCGUACCGAAUAGCAUUCAUGAUCGUAGGUGGCGGGAUGGAGAACGAUCUGUAAACAGAGACCUUAGCUUUAAGGUUCAGAAAUAUCUAAUGAUCAUGAUCAUGAAUAAUGAAAUGCAAAGUUCAUCACUUCUCAGAGCUGAGAAAAUAAAAACAGCAGGUUGAAGGUGUCCCAGUGUGGAUUUCACCUUUCGGGUGUUUUACUGUUGGUACCGUAGUGCUAAGCUAACCAGCCCCCACCACAUCGCCCUGAACAGCCUCGGUCCUUUACUCCUAGUGGUAAACCAGACACUCUUCCUUCGACGUGUGUCCUCUUCAGGUGUGGAAACAGGAAAAAGCUCAGUUCGGCUGGUUGAGGACGACAUCCGACAUACAGACUCUCCUUCAUGUGGUGUUUUACAAACUUGCUCCUUAUAGUUAAACAUCAGAUAUUUAAAACAUGCUCUCAGUGUAGCAGAGAAAAGGUAACAAGGCCGAUCCUCGGUACAGUGAGUACAGGUGCUAACAAGGGAGCAAAAGUUAAAAAAAAAAAAAAAAAAAUCUCUGGUGUCUUCAGACC